AUGCGCGGAAGUUUGUCGGUGGUAGAUACCGUGGGACAGGAGCUGCUGUUGGCGCUACAGAAGGUGAUUUGCCAGGCCGGAUUUGAACAAGUGCCGGAUACGGCGGAGAUGCUCUUGUUGCGGCUGAAGGAGCCUCAGACGCGUUUUGAGGACUGGUGGCGAGGCGCGUUACCAUUUGCAGGGAUUCGGGUUCGCGCUGGUACCUUGCGAAGCCGCACCAGAGUUUCAAACAUCACUCAGUCAGAGCUCCGUACGGCCCUGGUUACAAACUACGCUGCUGCCGUCUGCAGUGAUGAGAAGCGCGGGCAGGUAACGGAUGCGGCGAACGAAGACGCACAAAUGGCGAACGGGGACUCAGCUGUACCAAAGGGGAACUCACAAAUGGCGAACGAAGACUCGGUCGAUAACGAAGUUGCCCAAUUCAUUUUCAGGUGGGACGUAUCUCAAGGAUGCCAAAACCUAAUGCGAGUUUCCUGGGGCAGGGACGCCCCCGAACUGACUGCAGAAAUUUCUUUGAUGGGCAGAGUCACCCCCCGCUUCGGUCCAAGUGACGUGCUCAUUGCGCUCGGACCGUGGCCGAUUGCGGGCACCCAAGGGAAAUCCACAGGACUCUUGUCCGAGGGGCAUCCCCACCCGCCCCCACGGAUGUCAGGUCCAGGACCGCUACUUGGCCGUGGCUCCGAUUGGCCCCAGGUCCCAAGGACUCAACCAGCCCCAGUCCAAGUCGUCCCAAGAGCACAGUACGUCCCGCUCCAGGAACCAUGGGGUAGCAUGUACCUGCGUUUGAGGGCGCUGGAGGCGCGCGGUGAGACGGCCACACUUAACCAACUGAUUGCGGGCUUUUGGAUGCACGCGGUGUGGAAUGGACAGGAAGCGACUGCGCCAUUUACAAACUCCCAGCUAAGCGAAUUGCCAUUAGCGUGGCACUUAGCUGAGCUGUCCAGAAACUGGCCUGAUGGUUGGAUCCACGAUUUACUCUAG